GAUUGACCUCCCAGUUGUCGCUAGUGCGUAGAGAAAAGAUCAAUAUGGCUGCUGUUAGAUUUCUCUCUAAUUUCGUCUGAUUCUCUCUGGUUUCUGACAACACCGACUACAAGAAACGUUACUUGUGUAUUGAUAUAUUAGUUGACUCCAUAAUAAAAUUUUUUCCUAAAAUAUAUUGUUCACGAAGAUGAUACACAGUCUCUUUAUUAUAAAUUCUUCAGGAGAUGUCUUCAUGGAGAAACAUUGGAAGAGCGCAGUCGCACGUUCGCUCUGCGACUAUUUCUUUGAUCAACAGCGAAGGGUCUUGUCUCCAGAAGAUACGCCGCCGGUAAUAGCCACUCCGCAUCAUUAUCUUAUUAGUAUCUAUCGAUGUAACAUGUUCUUCGUGGCAGUAUGCAUGACAGAAGUUCCACCAUUGUUUGUCAUUGAAUUCUUGCAUAGAGUAGUGGAUACUUUUGAAGAUUAUUUUAGCGAAUGCACAGAAACUAUUAUAAAAGAAAACUAUGUGGUAGUAUAUGAGUUAUUGGAUGAAAUGCUAGACAACGGUUUUCCUUUGGCGACAGAAUCCAAUAUAUUGAAAGAAUUAAUCAAACCACCUAAUAUCUUACGUACUAUAGCGAAUACUGUAACAGGCAAGUCCAAUGUUAGUGCAAUCUUGCCUAGUGGACAACUGUCUAACGUUCCUUGGAGACGAACUGGAGUGAAAUAUACCAACAAUGAGGCUUACUUUGAUGUUGUUGAGGAAGUAGAUGCAAUUAUCGAUCGAACUGGAGCAACAGUGUUUGCAGAGAUUCAGGGCUAUAUUGACUGUUGUAUAAAAUUAAGCGGUAUGCCAGAUCUCACGCUUUCAUUUAUGAAUCCAAGAUUGUUCGAUGAUGUUAGCUUCCACCCUUGCGUUCGAUUCAAAAGAUGGGAGUCAGAAAGGAUACUUUCUUUUAUUCCACCUGAUGGUAACUUUCGCCUUCUCUCAUAUCAUAUAGGAUCACAAAGCAUUGUAGCAAUUCCAAUAUAUGUAAGACAUAAUAUUAGUUUGAAAGAACCAGGAGGUGGUAGAUUGGAUAUAACUGUUGGACCAAAACAAACAAUUGGUAGGACAGUUGAAAACGUGAUCCUAGAGAUUCCUAUGCCAAAAAUAGUCUUAAAUUGCACUUUAACUCCAAACCAAGGAAAGUAUUCGUUUGAUCCUGUUAGCAAAGUGUUGCUAUGGGAUAUUGGAAGGAUUGAUGCUUGCAAACUGCCAAAUCUGAGAGGAUCGAUCACAAUACAAAACUCGGCAACUGUUACUGAAUCAAACCUUGCUAUUAAUGUGCACUUUACGAUUAAUCAAUUAGCAGUAUCUGGAUUAAAAGUAAAUCGGUUAGAUAUGUAUGGUGAAAAAUAUAAGCCAUUCAAAGGUGUUAAAUAUAUUACUAAAGCUGGAAAAUUUCAAAUAAGAAUGUAAAAAUUAUGUAUAUACAUUGAAAUUAUAAAACAGACACUAUCCUUUUUACGUUAUAUUAGAUGUGUAUUAUAUUUUGUUAGAUUAAUAUAUCAACAAAUUAAA